GUUAACGAAGGUUACUACGCAAUGAGCGGGAAAAACACGAACAAGAACAAAACUUAUCAUUCUUUUUCUUGCUUAUAUAAAUAUCGCAUCUUAUAUGUUUGCUUCAAUUUCAUAUAACCAAACAACAAAGGUUCCAUAUACUACUUUUCAGGUUCUAAACUUUCAAUUUGUGUAAUCAAAUUCAUGAGUAGCGCUACACAUAUUCUUUCCCUUACAACAAGAUUUCAUGAUAUCUUGAUUAAGAUAUCACAAAUUGUUGAAAAAGCUAGAAACAACAAACGUACAAGAACAUUGUUGAGAUCAACUUUAAAGGAUUUAACUCCUCUUGUUAAAGACAUUAACCAAUACAAUCAACACUUGAAUCAACCUAGAGCUGAAAUUAACUCUCUCUUACAAGAAAAUGUUGCAUGCAAAUGCUCUUCUCACAAUACCUUGUGGAACAAGUGUCUCUCAUUGUUCAGGAAUGGUUCUUAUGUUGUUGACGAAGAUUCACAAUCUCUUACCGUAAAGGAUGUUAAAGAGACGCUUUAUAAAGUCAGAGAGAUUCUUGAGCUUAUCAACAAUGAAAAUUUUGAACACAAACUUAAUGAAGAUGGAGAACCACCAAUUAAGAGUCCUUUUGGUAUUCCUGAAAAUCCAGAAUUCACUGUUGGGUUGGAUAUACCGUUUACGAAGCUGAAAAUGGAGCUUCUUAAGGAUGGUAGUUCCACCCUUGUGUUGACCGGUUUGGGAGGAUUGGGAAAAACCACUUUGGCUACAAAGCUUUGUUGGGAUGAACAUGUUAAGGCUAAAUUCAAGGAGAAUAUGAUAUUUGUCACCUUCUCUAAAACACCGAUGUUGAAGAUUAUAAUCGAAAGACUAUUUGAACAUUGUGGAUAUCAUCCGGUGCCUGAGUUUCAAAGUGAUGAAGAUGCUGUCAAUAGAUUGGGACUUCUGCUGAAGAAAGUUGAGGGAAGUCCACUUUUGUUGGUUCUGGAUGAUGUUUGGCCUAACUCAGAAACCUAUAUUCAGAAACUUCAAUUCCAGAUAUCAGAUUUCAAAAUUCUGGUCACUUCAAGAGUUGCAUUUGCAAAAUUAAGCACAACAAGUGUCUUAAAACCUCUAGUUCACAAAGAUGCAGUAACACUUUUCCAUCACUUUGCUCAGAUGGAAAAAGAUAAUUCAAAUGUUCUCGACAAAGAUCUCGUCGAAAAGGUUGUGAAAAAUUGCAAAGGUUUACCGAUUGCCAUCAAAGUGACUGCAACAUCACUCAGAAAUCGGCCCUAUGACUUUUGGCGAAAGAUAGUGAAGGAACUAUCACAAGGUCAUUCUAACACUGAAUUAAUUACUGAUAUCCUCCAAAAGGUAUUAGAUGUUUUGGAAGAUAAUCUCAUACUCAAAGAGUGUUUCAAAGACCUAGCCUUAUUUCCCGAAGACCAUAGAAUUCCUGUUGUUGCUCUUAUGUAUAUGUGGACAGAGUUGUAUGAUCUAGAUGACAAUGGAAUAGAAGCAAUGGAAAUCAUCAACAAAUUAAGCUCCAUGAAUCUGGCUCAUGUCUCAAUAGCAAGGAAAAAUGCAAGUGACGCAGACGAUUACAACUACAAUAGCCAUUUCAUCACCCUUCAUGAUCUUGUAAGAGAUCUUGGAAUUUACCAAAGCACCAAAGAACCAAUUGAGCAGAGAACAAGAAUGAUCAUUGAUAUGAAUGAAAAUAAACGUGAAUGGUGUAUCGGGGAGAAGCAGCAAGGCCUGUUGAUCCGUAUAUUGUCAAAAUUUCUUGGUUUGUGCGUGAAACAAAAUCGCCAGCAGCUCGAUUCCCGAAUAUUGUCUAUAUCAGCUGAUGACACUUGUGCAUCGGAUUGGUCUCAAAUUGAAACAGCUCAGGCUGAGGUUCUUAUAUUAAAUCUCCAUACAAAGCAGUACUUAUUUCCGGAGUCAAUGGAGAAAAUGAGUAAGCUAAAAGUUCUGAUAAUCACAAACUACGGUAUCCAUCCAUCUGAGCUGAACAACUUUGAGCUACUCGACUGUUUACACAGCCUGACAAGAAUCAGACUAGAGCGGAUUUCCGUUCCUUCCUUUGGAACAUUGAAGAAUCUGAAAAAACUAUCGCUCUAUAUGUGUCAUACAAGUCUCGCUUUUGAAAAGGGUAGCAUGGUGAUUUCAGAUGCAUUUCCUAAUCUAGAAGAGUUGAACAUAGAUUACUGCAAAGAUUUGGUGGUAUUGCCUAAUGCAGUAUGUGAUAUCACCCCAUUAAAGAAACUCAGUGUUACUAAUUGCCACAAACUUUCUUCACUUCCUCAAGAUAUUGGAAAAUUGGAGAAUUUAGAACUUCUAAGGCUGAGUUCCUGCACUGAUUUAGAAGAGAUACCGAAUUCCAUUGGAAAGCUUUCAAAUCUAAGGCAUCUUGACAUCUCAAACUGCAUAAGUCUUUCAAAUUUACCGGAGGAAUUUGGUGAUAUUUGCAAUCUAAGGAAUCUGUACAUGGCAAGUUGUGGAAGUUGUGAGUUGCCAUUCUCAGUCAUCAAUCUUUUGAAUUUGAAGGUGAUAACGUGCGAUGAAGAGACGGCUGCUUCAUGGGAAGCUUUCCAAGCUAUGCUUCCCAAUAUGAAGAUAGAGGUUCCUCAUGUUGAUGUUAACUUAAACUGGCUUCAUUCAAUUAUCUCCUAAGACCUCUUCUCUAAAUAACUUCUUUCACUGUUUGUUAUUUCUAAUACAUGUUUGUAAGUAAUUUUUUUUGUAAAUACUGUGCUAAUUGUUGCAUAAUAUAUAUUUGAUAUAUAUUCUUUGUAUUUUUUGACAUGUAAUGUCAUUAAUGUAUAUGAAAUAAAGCUAGUUGAUGCAUAAUAAAUUAUUGAAAGUGUUUCUUUCUUUGUUUAUCACCUUUCAAGCUUUAUCUUCCUUUGUUCUGAUUUGGUUCUUCACAAAUUUGAUUUAUGCCUUGCAAUCUUGUAAAAUUUAUGUUUACUUGAAAACAAGUGCCGCAAGAAGUUUAGUUGCUUAGGUUAGGGUAACCGUAAGUCUGCAAUUUGUUUCGAAGUAUCCAAUGUUAAAGUUGUUAAAUGUAAUUCAAAUUUAAUUUGUUAGUUUCAAUUUUAUUUGAGUUUCAUUUAGGUUUAGACUAGUGUAUAUAAAUCCAAAGUUACUUAUAAUUGUAAUAAAUUUGAGAUUUUGAGAAGAAAUUGAG